GCGCACUGACGGCGGCAUCAAGUCGAUGGGGGAGAUCACUGGCGGCGACGAAUCCGCGACUGACCAGAUCAAGAACACGUGGCUGCACAUGGCGGUCGUGCAGCCCUACACGUGCCUCGCCAAACCAGAGCGUUUCCAGUCGGAUCCCCCCGCGGCGUCUCGCCUCCGCGACAUGCCCCUCCAGUGCACUGACAACGUCGUGAAUCUCAAGAAUUUGGUCGACUGGGUGACGCUGGAGGAAAGGGCUGCGCAGCAACUAGAUACUGUUGAGGUCUAUGGCGCCAUGUGCGGCGGCAGUUUCAUGGCGCUGCCAGCCCCGUUCAGAACGAAUAAGGACCCUGGCGAGAUCGCAUUCGCAAUGCAGCUCUACACCUUGCCGAAGGAAGACAAAGGUCGGCAGUUCGCCUUGAAAUGCAUCAAGUUCGAGAAGGCCACGCGGACGGACAUCGCGAAGGAGGUCUUUGUCUCUGGCACGGCGCUGUCUCCCCACUGGGGGAACUCGCCCGACAAGAAGACGCCGCUGAAGCUCUUUCACUAUAUGAUGGACAGGUUGGGCGGGGUGCAGAUCCGCCGUUCGGCCCGGCCGUCCGCGGCCGCCGCCGCAGCCGCAGGGGCCGAUGUAUCUGACAAGGGCAAACGGCAGGCGGGUUACCGUUACAUCGAGAAGUACGGCCCGAGGACCAACAACAAAAACCAGUUCGUGGAGUCGACCGACGAGAUGAUUCACGACGAGAACUGUCCGAUCUUCAGAUGGAUGGCGUCAGACGUCAAGGAGUCGCUCCGCAACCACGCGUCGGGCACUGUCGGCGCGAGGACACUCGAGCGCUGGGCGGUCACUCCCAAGCGGUCUGACCCGUUCCUGUUCGACCGCGUCGUCGCCCCCAUCCUUAGGGGCCACGACGUCCAUGGGGCCAUGUGGAUAGGAAAGACCAGGGUCGGCAAAUCCACAGCAUCCAAAACGAUCGGCUUCGCUAUUUCUGCCUGCCAGAUUGAGAAGCGCCGCCGCGCUGACCUCCGCCCGAGCGCCACCGCGGCGAAGCGGAUUGGCUUCCUGCGUCUGGGGCCUGGGAACAUGUUCAUGCCCGCCAUCGCAGACGAUGCCGCGCUGGCCAAGUUGGGCCCCGACGAGAUCAAGGUUGUCCUCGACCCCGCCGAGGAAGACGCGCUGCUGUGGGUGAAGCGGUGGGGCGGCGCCUCUUUCGACCAGAACCAGCCCCGCCAGAUCUGCGUCAAUCCGUAUAACGAGGAGUUCGAGGCGACGGUCAAGCCCGUCAGCAGGGAGAGGGAAGGGGUAACAUUCAGUGGCUUCAUCCAGACCAUCGGCUGCAAUUUCAUCGGCGAAAAGCAGUGCAGCUACAAGAUGGCGGACGUGGAGGCGUACGUGGCGAGGUCCAACGUCGCGCCCCUCUCGCCGAACUGGGUGUACUUUCGGGCGGCGCCCACAGCGAAGGAGCCAGUCCCUCGCUUCCUGUGGCCAGUGCCCGCGAAGCCAGGUCUCUUCACGCCCGAGACGCACGACAUCCUCAAGCCAUUCAAGGAAAACCAGACUCGCGUUCCAUCCGGCCACGACCAGCACAUGAGGUGGGCCGCGGCCGCCAUGAAGAAGUUGGCGCGGGGCGGGGGGCUCGGGCAGUCGCCGACGGUCCGCGGCCCCGCGCUCUUCGACCAGGACGCGCCCGCGA